AUGAAGAUAUUAAUAUUAGUAAUCUCUGUCAUUGCCGGCAUUUGUACAUUUACUUCUAUACCUGAAAAAUUCUAUACAACCCUGCUCAUUCGAAACAGUUGUGACAGGAGAUACAACGACCUGGCCGAUUCCAUGUUUAAUCUUCUCAACAGCGGAGCCUUCUCUGAUUUUACGAUUCAUGUUGGCGGAGAAAAAAUCAGGGCUCACAGAGCGAUAUUAGCAGCAAGAUCCGAAUUUUUCAGUAGGAUGCUCCUAUCAGGACCGGAUGUUAAUAUGAACGAAAUCAUAGUAGAAGAGAUUCCUAGCAAGGCGGUGAAAGCCAUGCUCCGUUUCAUAUACUCUGGUGAAAUAGAAAUGUAUGCUUUCAAAGCUCUUGCGGAAUUGUACGUGUCAACCUAUAUCUUCAAAGUACCGUUCCUCAUAAAGAUACUUCAUAACAUUUUAGAAAACAGUUUGAAUUUGGAUAAUACAAUCGAACUAUUUAUUUUGGCCAACAAAAACGGUGAUGUGAUUUUGGAAGAAAAAAUUUUGGAAUUCAUGGUAAAAAACGUUUUAUACAUAGAGAAACGCAAUGACUGGAUGGACUUCUUGAAAACCCAUCCAGUUUUAGCAAAUAAAGUUGUCUUGUUUCUAAAUAAGAAGUAUCAAUAA